AACUUGCAUAAACCAAAACCAAAACCAAAAAAUAUAUACUCUACUAAAUAAUUCAAUAAAAAUAUAAAAGCAGCAAGCUUAGUAGACUAGUUUAGACACCUUCAAUUUCGGUUAUCUUGUCUUUGCAAUAAUCUCUCUCCUCUCUCUCUCUCUCUCUCCUCCAUUACUCCAUUACCAACUUCCUUCAAACCCUAAACUCUCUCUCUACUUUGCAUUCCCAGAUUUGUGAUUUCACCCUUCUUCUUCUUCUUCACUCCAUAUUACAAUUAUUGGGUCUUGAAUAAUUUCAAAUUUUCAACAACUUUCUCUCUCCUGCAUCUGGGUGUGCUCCUUCUUCUUCUUGAGCUCAGAGAUCUUCCAAGUUUGCUCAAUUCUCAGCUUUAUUUUACCUGGUUAGUUAGUUUGAGUCUUUCCCUAAUUUAUUUGCUGCUAUUUUCUUUGAAUCUGAUUGCUUAUUCAACAACAACAGCAGCAAAAAUAGAUAUAUAAAGCUUAGAUCUUUGAUGACAUGGGGAGCAUAUUUGCUCUAAUUCUAUGGUUUUCUGUAUUAGUAAAUGUAAUUGUAGCACAAAGAUACACCCCACAUGAUAAUAUACUCUUAAAUUGUGGUGCUUCUGAUCGACAAUCCACCGAUGUUGAUGGUCGGAAUUGGAACUCCGAUGAUGGAUCUAAGUUCAUGUCAACAACAAGAGGUUCUUCCAUGGCUACUGCAGCAACACAAGCUCCUGAUGUUGGGGAAGUUCCUUAUAUGACUGCUAGAAUUUUUGAUUCCAAUUUUACCUAUUCCAUUGCUGUUGCCCCUGGUCGUAAAUUUCUCCGUCUUUACUUCUAUCCUAAUACUUAUUCCGGUCGUAAUUCCACCAAUGGUAUCUUCUCUGUUACUGCCGGCCCAUUUACCUUGCUUAGCAACUUUAGUGCUGCCCAAACUACUGAGGCUCUUAACUUUGAUUAUCUGAUCAAAGAGUAUUCUCUCCAUGUGGAGGGUGAGACUUUGAGCCUUACCUUUUCGCCUUCGUCUAAUUACUCCGAUUCGUUUGCCUUUGUUAAUGGUAUUGAGGUUGUGUCUAUGCCUGAUAUCUAUGACUCUGCUACUGGGGUAACCGUGGUUGGUGUAGAUUCCCCAUUUACGAUUGAUAACUCCACUGCCCUUGAGGGUUUGUAUCGGUUGAAUGUUGGUGGGAAUUACAUUCCGCCAGACAACGAUACCGGCAUUUUUAGGUCGUGGUCUGAUGACACUCCUUACAUAUUUGGGGCAGCGACGGGUACCACCAAUGUUAUUGAUCCCGAGUUGAAUGUAACUUUCCCUAGCUCUUUGCCUUCCUACACGGCUCCCGUUACUGUUUACUCCACUGCCAGGUUCAUGACAAUGAACAAUACAGUGAACCAGAACUUCAACUUGACAUGGUUGUUUACUGUUGAUACCGGGUUUAGUUACUUGGUGAGGCUGCAUUUCUGCCAGAUCUUUUCCAAUAUCUCCAAGGUCAACCAGAUGGUGUUUGAUGUCUACCUCAACAAUCAAACUGCAUUUCCAGCGUAUGAUAUUAUUCCAUUGGCUGACGGCAAUGGGAUACCGAAUGUUCAGAACUUUGUGGUGAUUGUUCCCCCUACUGAAGACCCUCAGCAGGAUCUUUGGCUUGCACUGCAUCCAGUAACCAGCGUUACCCCCCCUCCAGAGUAUUAUAAUGCUUUUCUGAAUGGAGUGGAGAUAUUUAAGAUAAACAGCACCUUCGGUAGUCUUGCUGGGCAGAAUCCAAUUCCAGCCCCGACGCAGGAGCUCAUUUUACCCCCUUCAGCAGGCUCAUCUCAUUCGAGUAGUCAUGCUGCAGUUAUUGGCGGGGCUGUUGCUGGAGGUGUUGCACUCAUCUUACUGGCUGGUUUUCUGGCCUGCUGCAUCUCUCGUCGCCGCAAGUAUGGAAAGGUCUCCAACCCAAGUGAUGGUCCGUCUGGCUGGCUUCCCCUUUCCUUGUAUGGGAAUUCGCAUACCUCUGGAUCUGCAAAGACUACAACUGGAAGCUAUACUUCUUCUCUUCCUUCAAAUCUCUGCCGGCAUUUCUCUUUUGCAGAGAUCAAGUCUGCUACCAAAAAUUUUGAUGAGUCUCUUGUCCUUGGGGUUGGAGGUUUUGGUAAAGUAUACAGGGGAGAGAUUGAUGGCGGAACUAUGAAGGUAGCUAUCAAGCGUGGGAACCCACUGUCUGAGCAAGGUAUCCAUGAGUUCCAAACAGAAAUCGAGAUGCUCUCCAAGCUUCGUCAUCGUCACCUUGUCUCUCUGCUAGGUUAUUGUGAAGAGAAUGGAGAAAUGAUCCUUGUGUAUGAUUACAUGGCUUUUGGAACCCUUCGCGAGCAUCUGUACAAGACCCAAAAGCCUCCUCUGCCGUGGAAACAAAGACUUGAGAUUUGCAUUGGUGCUGCUCGAGGACUUCACUACCUCCACACUGGUGCCAAGCACACUAUUAUUCACCGAGAUGUCAAGACAACCAACAUUCUCGUGGAUGAGAAGUGGGUGGCCAAGGUUUCUGACUUUGGCCUGUCCAAGACAGGACCUUCAUUGGACCACACUCAUGUUAGUACUGUUGUGAAAGGUAGUUUUGGGUAUCUGGAUCCUGAGUACUUCAGGAGGCAACAACUCACUGAUAAGUCAGAUGUAUACUCAUUUGGGGUCGUUCUGUUUGAAAUCCUGUGUGCUCGGCCUGCUCUGAACCCGUCACUACCAAAGGAGCAAGUUAGCUUGGCAGAGUGGGCAGUAUAUUGCUAUAAGAAGGGCAUUCUUGAACAGAUUAUGGACCCGUAUCUGAAAGGGAAGAUUGCUCCUGAAUGCUUCAAGAAGUUUGCUGAGACUGCCAUGAAAUGUGUAUCUGAUCAGAGUAUUGACAGACCAUCCAUGGGUGAUGUGCUGUGGAACCUCGAAUUUGCUCUGCAGCUACAGGAGAGUGCAGAGGAGAGUGGUAAGGGUCUCGGUGGGAUGGACUUCGUCGAAGGCAAGUAUGACAUCGACUGUGGAAAGAAGGAUCCUGAUGAUUCCCGGGCUUUUGAUGGAAAUGUAACCGACUCAAGGAGCACAAUGAGCAUCGGUGGUCGCAGUCUAGCCAGUGAAGACUCCGAUGGUCUGACACCAAGUGCCGUGUUCUCUCAGAUAAUGAAUCCAAAGGGACGUUAAGAUACAUGACAAAUGCUCGGGACUUGCAUCAGUUGUACCUGGAUUUGAGUCCUAUUUUUCUGCUCGAUCACAGAGAGUUUGAUAAUCGGUUAGUAAUCAACCACAUAAGAAACUCCGGCAUCUCAUCAUCAGACUAAUAAUAACUAUUCAAUUACCUUCUUCUAUAUACUAUCUUCUUUCAUCUUGUUAUUGAACAUGACUAUCUAUUUGAUUUCCAUCUUUGAUCUAGUUGUAAGUUAUAUCUAUAGUUUUAUUGGAAUUUGGAAGAGUGAAACUAAAAUUGUCCUAUAUCCAAGAUGUAUUGGUGGAAACAUUUAUUUUUUUUGCUUUUUUUUGGGUGUGUAUUUCAGCAAUUUAUGGUUCAUUAUAGUGGGAUUCAUUUA